AUGGCUUUGUCUAUGGCCUUGAGAGAGAAAAUAUCAUCACGAUUGGAAGAUCUAACAGAUGAUAUAUUGGUAGAAAUCCUUAUUCGAGUUCCAUGGCGAACAACAUGUCGAUCCAAGUGCAUCUCCAAGCGUUUUGUUUCCUUGAUUUCUAGUCCAGAUUUUGUGCGACGGUUUCGCAGUAAUAACAACGAUGACAUAAACAAUAACUUGUUCAUGUUUGUUACUAGAGAUAGGGUAUCAUUGUUAAGCAAAAUAUUAACGCGGCUACAGAAUUUUUUCCCAGCAGCAACGAGUUCGAAAUCUACCCUUGUCGUCGAUGAUAACAACAACGAGAUUCCGGUUUCGUUCGAUUUCCUACGUCGACAGUUUCCGUUUUUCAAUGUGUUAUCCGUGUCGAAAGACUUGGUCUUGAUCCAUGACGGUGAGCCUAAUAAUGGUGAAAAUCUUGUGAUAUGUAAUCCCUUAACAAAGCAGUCAUUCAAGCUCCCUUAUAAUGAGUUCGAUCAAUAUACUCCGUAUAUUGGCUGCCUAUGUAGUGAGGAUGAUACAUCGAUAUACAAAGUGGUUUCGAGUAAAUUCCUAGAUUUUGGAGACAUUCGUAUUAUCAAAUUCGUCAUCUUCUCCUCCGAUACUGGCUGUUGGAGUAACUUCCUGGUUCGAAUUCCUUCACAUGCCGUUUACGAGGUAACAUGUAAUUAUAAGAUGAAUCAAUCUGCCACGGUCUGCAAUGGAAAGUUACAUUGGUGUUACAGCACUAUGAAUAUUGUUGUAUAUGAUCCUUUCAACAACCCUAAAAAAUGCGAGUUCGUUGAAUUUCCUCAAGAAAUCAUCGAUGGUGAUUAUAUACACUCCUAUGACUCCUUUAACCUAAGCAGUGUUCAAGGGUGCUUACGACUUUACCGUGCAUCUUUUCAUAAUAUUAAUGGAGCUUUAAUAUUACGUUUCUGGGACCUAAAGGACUACAAUAACCGCGUUUGGAGCGAAAACCUAAUUGAUCUUAGUACCAUGGUUUUUGCUGAAACCCGAAGUUGCGAUAUUAUGGAAAUCAAAGGUUUUGAUCCUCUUGACGGAGAUGUUGUCUAUGCAUACGUUUUACCGUCGAUGGAAUUGGUUGCAUUGAACAUUAAAACUUGGUCUGUCUUCCAAACUAUCGCCAAUUUAAAGCUAAAUCGUCCAGUCCCUUUGGUAGUGACCUUAUUUCCUUACUCCCAACACUCAUGGCCAACCCCCAUCGCCAAAACAAUUGCUAUGUGA